UUCUGCUUCCCAUCUAUAGAAGGAUCGUGUAUAAAAAAUAACCUUCUGCCUUCAGUUUCUGUUACCAUGUACACAUUGCUGACUGGAAUUAUAAUAACUACUAUUUGCGGAAAUCUUGUGGUGAUUAUAUCUGUCUCCCACUUCAGACAGCUUCAUUCUCCUACCAACUUUUUAACACUUUCACUGGCCAUUGCAGAUUUUUUUGUAGGGUUACUUAUCUUACCUUUUAGCAUGAUACGAUCCAUUGAAGCAUGUUGGUAUUUCAGUGACACUUUUUGUAAAAUUCACUCAAUAUUAGAUUCAGCUUUUACAGUAAUUUCUGUUUUACAUCUUUGCUUUAUUGCUAUUGAUCGUUACUAUGCCAUAUGUGACCCUUUACACUAUGCAUCAAAAAUCACAUUUCAGGUAACAGCAAUGUUUUUGUCAGUAUGUUGGGCAGUACCUAUUUGUUUCAGUUUUGGUUUAGUUUUCACAGGUAGGAAUGAAGAUGACUCUAAUCCAGCUUAUUUUAACUGUGAAGGUAUAUGUAAUGUAACUUUUAAUACAAUAUUGGCUUUAUUUACACCAUUAGUGUUCUUCUUUACACCAUUUGUGAUAAUGCUUGGUAUAUACGGUAAGAUAUUUAUUGUUGCCAGAAAUCAUUUUGCAGCUAUUAAUAACACAGCAGCAAAGACCACUUCUAGAAAAGAAAUGCACAGCAGAGGGUUAAAACAAGUGGAAUCAAAAGCAGCUAAAACUUUAGGAUUGAUAACAGGUGUAUUUUUAUUUUGCUGGUUACCUUUUUAUGUUGUAGUAGUACUUCAAUCCUUUUUCAAUAUUUCAGUAUCUUCAUUUAUUUAUGAAACCCUUGGUUGGCUAGCAUAUUUUAAUUCUGCGUGUAAUCCCAUAAUAUAUGGAUUUUUUUACCCUUGGUUUAGGGCAGCAUUUAAAACAGUUGUAUCAGGAAGAAUAUUUACUGAAGCUUCUUCUUGUAUUAAUUUGUUUCCUACAAAUCAUUAA